AUGGACGAAAAUCGUAGAGGACCUAACCAAAAUAUGUUACAGGCUCCAAAAUACAAUGGAGCCUGCCCUGAUGGCAUGUACUAUGAGCAAUCAACGAGUCGGUGCCGGAAAAUACCCUGUGGUGGUUCGGUCGUUUUCACAGAUUUAACCAGAAGAUGUACCAACAAUUUCCGAGGAGUAAAAGCUCACCCGAAAUACAAGCAAUACUACUACAUAUGCAAACCACGUUCAGUUGUUUUCAUCAAAUGCCCGGAGGAUCAAAUCAAUCCAGACGACUAUUUUGAUGAUUACGAUGAGGAAACGUUCCCACCCUGCAAGCGUCCAGGACGUUUCAGAUCGCCAACAGAUUGCUCUUUGUACUAUACAUGCAGUGCGAAGACAUAUGGGAAGUUCUAUCAAACGAGGUAUAGAUGCCCCGCUGGAACUUUAUACGACAUCGAAAAGGAGAAAUGUUGUAACAGGAACCAAGUCAAAUGCGAAUAUAUUACAAUAGAAGACCUCAUUGAAGAAUAUAUUCGAACCCAUAAAAAUAAUACAACUGAAGAGAAUAACGAAUCCAUUGAAUAUACAGAUUUUCCACAGGCGACAACCGUAACAUACGAAAGGGAAAAUCCCACAACACCGGUAGCUGUUCCAACUACUGAAAGGAAGGAACAAGAGACAACCACAACACCGGAACCUACUACAACAAUCAAAGAGAAGGAUGCCUACUAUAUAACGUCCAGUCCAUACUACCCAAGUGUUGACGAAGACUCCACUAUCAGUACUCGUGGAAUUCCUGAAACUACAACUGAAACUCAAACUAUAUUGAAUUCGAAAACAACAGAAGUUAGCGUAACUGAACCUACUACUUACCUUCCUUUCUCCACGAUUAACAUUCCGUCAGAAACAGAAUCAAGUGAAAUUGGAGAAUAUUCAGACUGGACAACUACUAAUGCAAUAUUCCCAGCCACUACUACAGAAACACAAACCACAUCAGACUCAAAAACCACAGAAACUGAAACAACCGAUUCUUUACUCUUUUCCACAACGACUGAGCUCCCACUUCAGACCGAUUCAACAGAAACUGCAAAAGACCUAGAAACAACCACUUCAGAUGAAAUGUCCCGAACAACUGUUACUAUUGCAGAAACAACAUCAAAAAUGCCGGCAACUCCAGAACCUGACAGCGAAGAAGAUUUACCUUUAUCAUCGGAUGCUCCUUUCCAAAUAUCGAAUAAAACCACAACAUCAACAGGUUGGUCAGAUGACUCCCCUCAAAAUCCAACAUUUGCCGAUUCCGAGUCAUCAGAGGACAGCAGCGAAAAACCGUCAACUUCGGAAUCUGAUUCAAUUGAAAGUGAAGAAAGCAGUGAAGAAGAGCCAGAAACUAUCGAGACAACAGAUGCAACUACGAACGUUCACCAAGAUUCAUCAACAACGCCUCCUUCAACGUUGCCUCCAGAAUCGACAGAGGCUUCAACAACUCAGGAUUAUACACCUCACCGGUCAUCGACAGAAAGUGCAACAAUUUUCGAAGAACCAUCAGAAGCAACAUUAUCCUCACCAGGAUCUUCAGAAGUUCCUACAGAAGCGACUACAUAUUCAAUGGGAGAUUCGUCUACCAAAACUUCGUCAACAGACGCUACGCUUCCCCAAAUGAAUGAAACUACAAUUUCACCGGACGAAUAUUCUGCUGCAACUUAUAGCACACCUCAACCCUCGGCAGAAACCCAGGAACCCGAAAUGGAAACUACCCCAAUAUUCAAAGAGACUGGGGAGACAACAAUCCUCUCCUCAGAAUCGACGGAGCUGCCUGUUGAAUCGACAACCAAUCCCAUAGAGAAUUCAUCAACGCAAGAAGCAACGAAAUUUACCACACUACCUCAAACAAGUGAAUCCACAACAAUAGCCAACGAGCAUUCUUCCUCAGAAACUACUCCCGUGUUCAACGAAACUUUGGAAACAACAACAUUCAGUCCAUCGCAAUCUCCUGACCACUUCGCAGAAUCUACCCCACAAUCAACAGACAGUUCAUCAACGGUAACCUUACCGACGGAAACUAUACCUGAAAUAGACGAAACCUCAACCCCAGACGACGAGUAUCGUUCUUCAACUAUUGACAUCCAUCAACCAUCAACAGGAACUCAGGAACCUACAAUGGAAACCAGCCCAAUGUUCGAAGCAACUUCGGAAACAACUUUGAAGGUUUCGAAAUCUUCGCCACAACCCACGGAAUCCACAAUGUAUCCGGUGGACAGUUCAUCAAUGGAAACUUCAUCGACGGAAACAAUACUUCCUCAAAUUGGCAAGGACACUACUCCAGCCGGAGAGUAUCCUUCUUCAACGUAUAGCACCUAUCAAUCAUCAACGGAAGCUCGACAGCCGUCAGUGGAAACUACACCAAUAUUUGAAAGUACUGUAGCAACGACAUUGAAGUCAACAGAAUCCUCAGAAGAUACCAUAUAUCCGGAGAACAGUUCAUCAACAGAAACUUUAUCCUCAGAAACUAUGCUUCCCCAUAUUAGCGAAUCUACUACUCCUGUCGAAGAAACUACCCCAAUAUUUGAAGAUACUUUAGAAACGACGUUACUCCCAUCACAACCAACAGAAAUAGCCACGGAAUCUACCACGUAUCCGGUGCAAAGUCCGUCCACUGAAACAUCAGAAAAUAUACCUUCUCAUAUGGAGGAGACCACAACUCCGGCCAGCGAAUAUCCGUCUUCAACUCAUAGCACUUAUCAGUCAUCAACGGAACGUGAACAGUCAUCGACGGAAAUUACUCCAACAUUCGAAGAAACUUCGGAGACAACGUUACCUCCUUCAGCAUCCUCCGAACUACCCCCGAAAUCUACUACAUACCCAACGGAGAGCUUAUCUACCGAAACUUCAUCCAGUAAUACAUUCCCGGAAACAGACGAGAACACAACCCCAGAAACGGAAUAUUCGUCUUCAACUGAUAGCAAAGGGGAAUCCUCAGGGGAAACUACCCCAGCGUCCACAAUAACGCUGGAAACGACGUUAACGCCCUCACAACAUCCAGAAAUAACUACGGAAUCUACAACAUAUCCAAUGGAAACUUCUUCGACGGAGUCAUUGCCGACAGACACUGAGGUUCCUCAAAUAGGCGGAAGCACAACUCCAGCCGAAGCAGAAGAUAACACUACAUCAACUAGCGUGGAAUAUGCAUCAACCACAGAAUUUACCUCAGCUAAAUGGGGCCUGAAUCAUCUACAGUGUAUGAUUCAAGUACUGCUCUCAACGUUGAACCUUCGACUACUGACUCGGACACCAUUGACUCCACCGCCACUGAAUCGCCCACCGCUGAACCUUCCACCGUUAAAUUUGCAACCCCUGAAUCUACCACAAAUGAAUUUACUACUUCUGAAUACUCAACUGCUGGAAUUGCCGAGAACGAACUUACCACCGAAAUUGCCACUACUAGGCUAA